AUGAGUGCACCAGCAGCAGAUGGACCUGCCGUCCCGGGCGGAAGCAAGAGAGGCUUGAGCAAGAUCGUCUUGAGAUUGAAGACUGUGUUAAAGAGACGCGAUGGGUCGGGACGUUUGUCGUUUUCCGGCAAGCCGGCCGUGGUCGCAACCGAGGGACCCAGCGUCGUCGCCCAACCGGACGAGCCUACUCCUGUCGUCGAGGCCUCAACUCCUGACACCAAGGUCCCAGCCCCCGUCGCCGACCCAGCCCCCGUCGAGGAUAUCCCAAAAGGACCACAGCCCACCAGGAUGAUGCGCUCGCAAAUCGAGGCCGACCGUGCGAUGAAAAUAAGAGAGAAAUUCGCCGUCACCAUCGAGCCGUUGCCGUCCGCCUGUGACCGGGAGAUAUGUCGCGUCGAGAAGCCAAUUCGGAUGCGCGUCCACAGAUCUUGUCACCAGUGUGAAACUACCUUCGGAGUAAACAAAGUCUGUUCCCAAUGCCAGCAUACUCGAUGCAAGUCGUGCCCAAGAUACCCGCCGAAGAAAACGGACAAGGCAAAACGGGAGAAGGCCCAGAGAAAGGAGAACGUCACGCCAUCCAUUGUGGUUUAUAUUGAGCCCGACACAUACUGGGGCCUGCGCGAGCAGAUCCUGUUGACGAGACCAAGUCCCAGACCUGGGGCACAACCCCUUGUGAGGAAGAAACCCAAGCAGAGAGUCCGCCGGAACUGUCACAAGUGCGGCACCUUCUUCCCAGGUGGAUGCAAGAUAUGUCCAAACUGCGACCACCUCCGAUGUGUUGACUGUCCCCGGGACCCAGCCAAAAGGUCUCACUACCCCGACGGCUAUCCCGGCGAUGCACCUUCCUCUGAUACAUCGCUCCCGGUCAAAUACAGGUGCCACAAAUGCACCAAGGUCUUCCCCGCCGUACCGCACCCCGACAGCGCUGAAGGCAUCGCUCGGAAAGAGGGUAAAAUAGAACCGCCGCAGUGUAUACGAUGCAAACACCCCAUGUGCUCUGCGUGUCCACGAGCGCCCCCCGUGAGAAUCGAUCCGGAGCCGGACCCCGAAGUGCUGAGAUCAAUGCAGGCGAAGCUGGCGGCGCUGAGGCUGACGGUAUGA